GCUGCGAUGAUUGAUGAAUACAUCUCAGCUGAGUUUCCCGAUAGAGAAGUUGAUAAAGAGGGGUUUGAACUGGUAGAGCGGCAUAUGAUUCAUGGCCCGUGUGGUAAGUUGCGACCCAAAUCGCCAUGCAUGGAAAAGGGAGAGUGUACUAAGAGUUUUCCUAAACCUUCUUCGGAUCAAACAAGAAUUGACAAAUAUGGAUUUGUUGUUUAUAGAAGGAGAGCUGGUACUGGAGAUUUUGUAAUCAAGGGUGAUAUCGAGGUGGAUAAUCGUUUCGUUGUGCCUCAUAAUCUUAGUCUGCUGAAAAAAUACCAAGCCCACAUCAACGUUGAAUGGUGUUGCAGAACCAGUGCAAUAAAAUAUCUUUUCAAAUACAUAACGAAAGGCGUUGAUAGAGCAACUGUCGUUAUACACAAGAACGAGCCAGACACGACUAAUGAGAUCAACAAUUUUCUGGAGUGUCGGUACAUAUCAGCCUGCGAAGGUUCAUGGAGGUUGUUCGCUUUUCCCAUACACUAUAAUCUGCCCAAUGUUGUGAAGCUUCCCGUACAUCUACCAGGUCAGCAUGUGAUGGUGUUUGACGAAACUUCUGACUUAUCAAAGGUGGUAUACCGAGAAAAUAUUGAUAAGUCAAUGUUAACAGCGUUUUUUGAGGCAUGCGACACAUACGAAGAAGCUAGGGAGCUGACAUAUGUUGAAUUUCCUUCAAGGUUUGUUUACCAUUCUAACGACAAGGUAUGGACACCCAGGUUGCAAGGGGAAGCUAUUGGGAGAGUCGUGUAUGUCAGUCCAGCAUCUGGUGAUAGAUACUUCUUAAGGAUGCUGCUAAAUGUUGUUAAAGGUCCUAGAGGUUAUGACGUGUUAUACACGGUAGGAGAUGUGGUUUAUAAGAAAUUCAAAGAAGCGUGCUAUGCACGAGGAUUGCUUGAUGAUGAUAAAGAGUGGCAUGAAGCAAUAGAGGAGCCAUCUUCAUGGGCCACCGGACGGCAGCUGAGAAGGUUGUUUGUGCUUAUCUUGGUUUAUUGUCAAGUUGUAGACCCACUCAAGCUUUGGGAGCAUACUUGGAUGUUUCUAGCAGAGGACAUACUGUACAUGAAACGAAAGGAGUUUCGAUUUCCAGGACUCGACUUACAAGAUGAGCAGUUAAAGCAGUAUACACUGCUCGAGGUUGAAAAACAUUUAAAAGAGCAUAACCAGUCUCUAGCAGACUAUGAUGAGUUGCCUCGGCCAGACAAUUCAAUACUAUCAGAGGUAAACAACCAAGUUUUGCGGCAGGAGCUGAUGUAUGAUGUUGAAAAGGAGAAGGAGACGCAUAGGGUAUUGUUCUCAGCGAUGAAUAUUGAUCAGCAGAAAGUAUAUGCUGCUAUACUGAAGUCAGUAGACGAACGUUUGGGCCAGUUAAUUUUUGUCUCAGGUGCAGGAGGAACAGGAAAGACAUACCUAUACAGAACUAUUAUCGCAAGGCUUAGGUCAGUUGGAAAAGUAGUUAUACCGGUUGCUACAGCUGGCAUCGCAGCGUUGCUGCUCCCGGGAGGAAGGACAGCUCACUCUCGGUUCAAACUACCUCUGAAUCUAGAUGAUCGUUCAAUGUGUGAAAUACACAAAGGGUCGAGUUUAGCUGCAUUGAUAUCCAAGGCAGAUCUAAUAAUAUGGGACGAAGCUCCGAUGGCACACCGGCACGCUUUUGAAACCUUGGAUCGUUCCUUCAGAGAUUUGUUAACGCAUGAGAAUCCAGAAGCUAGCACACAGCCCUUUGGUGGCAAAACGGUGCUUCUCGGCGGGGAUUUCCGACAGAUUUUGCCAGUUAUUCCACACGGAAAAAGGCCAGACACUGUACUCGCAUCCAUCAGCAAAUCAUAUCUAUGGAAAAUGGCCCGAGUAUUCACCUUAUCCAUCAACAUGCGGCUGCGGCAAGAAGAUAAGGACUUCGCAAAAUGGAUUCUACAAGUCGGAGAUGGGGAAGCUGACGCCUUGCCGUCGAAUAAACCAAAACAUGAGGAAGGGAAUCAGAUUAUUGUGGACAAAAGGUUCUUGAUAUCUCGCUCAGAGACACCACACGAAGCUUUGGCGCAUGCUGCAUAUCCUAACUUCCUCCAAAACUACCGGGAUAAGGACUACCUAAAAGAGAGGGCCGUGCUGACACCUACCAAUAAUACCGUACAUGAGGUGAACGCUUAUCUCCUCUCUAAGAUCCCAUCACAGGCUAGAGAGUAUUUGAGUUCCGAUUCAGUGGAGUUAGAAGCUACGCCAGACGAUGAUUGGACCACCCACUACCCGUCAGAGUACCUCAACUCACUUGAGUUUCCGGGCCUCCCUAACCACAGAUUGUGCCUCAAAGUUGGAGCUCCGGUGAUGAUGCUGCGCAAUCUUAAUCAGGAUCAAGGUCUGUGCAAUGGUACAAGAAUGGUGGUUACUCGCCUAGGUAACAGGGUUGUUAAAGCGAGAAUUAUGACUGGGACAGAUGUUGGAGAAGAAGUUUUGAUCCCUAGGAUACAACUUAGUCCCACUGAUACCAUGCAUCCCUUCACCUUUAAUCGAAGGCAAUUCCCGAUCAGACUGUGCUACGCCAUGACGAUCAACAAGAGCCAGGGCCAAAGCCUAAACCAAGUUGCUUUAUAUCUUCCUCGCCCUGUUUUUACUCAUGGUCAGUUAUACGUUGCCAUGUCUCGAGUAACAACUCCGAAUGGGCUUAAGAUUUUAGACGAGACUUCCGACAUGGGCGGUGAAGACGGAGUUACUAAUAUUGUAUACAAAGAAAUCUUUAAAGACGUCCGGAUGACCGAGGUUAGAGCUACACAUUUACUUUAUACAUUUUUAUAUACCCAAGUUUGAUUGCAGUGAAUAAUUGUCGUAAUUUCAUUGCAUAUCGGACGACUCAUUUAUCUCAGUGAACGGGGAGACACAGCGUAAGCAUCGAAGUGGACAAGUUAUUCUGCUAUCUCAAUCUUAUUUUUAAAAUUUUAAUAACAGUUUAAUCUCAUGGCAUACAGUCAUUUAGUAUGUGACCUUCUUACACUUACUCAAAACAUCGUCAGCACCUAAUGUUUAUCCUAUAUCCUCUGAUUUGGGUUUAUAUGCUUGCAGUUAAUUUUUUCUCUUCAUAUAAAUAUAGUAAAAUUAAUAGUUCAAGCUAUACUAAUAGAAAAAUCUAUUCCAAACCACAACAUUUUAGUUUACCAU